AUGGAUUAUCUCCCUUCCUCAACGAGCUACUCAUGGGACGAGCUGUGGACUGACCCAACAUCUGCCUACCCAAUGCGUGACACUGGAAGCCCUUCAAGUAUCCUCUAUUCUGACGGGGGAUCUCCUUCAUCGUUGUCGACGCCUCUCAGCUCGAGCUCUGUGGUGCCGUCCCCGGAUUCUGCACAGGACCUUCAACCUUUGAUCGACUACAUCACACUCUCCAACAGAUACGCGGAUCUAUGCAGCGCGUUGGGUGUCAACAAACGGGCCCUCCUGGCUCUCAACCAGAUCGUCAGGCACCUCUCCCAAGGGCAGCAGCCUCGGAAUGAGGACGUGAACGAUCUUCUGGCUGUGAUCGCUAUGGUCGUGGACUCGGAGAUCGUCCAGACAAGGCUAGAGAGCACGUCCUUGUCAAGCACCUUUGUAAAGUAUAUGUCUGUUCGCAGUGCUUCGCGGGCCAACGAGAUGAAGGUGCAUAUUCGCCAGCUCCACAGCCCAAACCCUAAGCAAUUCCAAUGCCAGUCUUGUUCGCAUAUCUUCACCAAGAAGAGCAACCUUCAUCGGCACAUGAAGAAUACGCACGGGUUAGCUGUACCCCGCAGGACGCCAACUUCAGCUCGUGCUCGUCGUGUUUUCGUCUCGUCUCUUUCCUCCUUUUCAGCUCUCCAAACCAUGAUGAAUUUCAAUCAAGAGCAGAUCUAUCCCGACACCGUAACGGAGCCUGGCGUCGACUCCCAGACGUACAUGAACGACUGGGAGCUUUACGAAGCACUCUUCGCCUCCUGUGGUACUUCAUUGCCUGCGGAAAUCGAGCUCCUUACCAGCCCUCCCAUUUCGACCACGUCGGAUGGCGACUGGGAGACGUGGCUCGCUCCAGACGCCCUCGAGGGCCAUCCUUGUUUCAGCCAGCAAUCCACAGUGUCAUCGGGGAGUCAAUAUCCUAUCGACUCCUUCCAUGUCGUCAGCGGCUACACGGAGGGCUCGCAGGCCGAAGACGUCACCUCGCCCACGUCGACAGAUGACUCUAUUCUAGAGUCGCUCUUCCAACCUUCUUUGGCAAGCGCCUCCCAGUCUCCUUCCCAUGAUACUCAUCUAUUUGGGGCUGUCUCGAACGUUAUUGAGGCUAUCGGGCGGCACUAUUGGCCUGACAAGAAAAUGCUCCGGGAGCUCAUGCCGCCUAACCAUCGUGGCAAAUAUUGCUGCGCCUUUCCAGACUGUCAAUGGCAUGAGAAGGGAUGGAAAAGGGCAGACCGUGGAGAGUCGCACCUCCUAAAGGAGCACUUCCGGCUCAUCCAGUAUUCGUGCCCCCACGAUGGAUGCGAUCGUGUCUACAAGUGGCCGCACGAUCUCGCCACCCACCGCCGCAAGGCGCACCCGGAUUGUGGCGAUAGUCCUGCGCCGAAGUUUGUAUGUCCCGAGUGUGAGCAAGAAUUUCCCAAACGUUUCAACCUCAACCGCCACGUUCGCAAUGUCCACAAGGCGGCCCGCCGCAAGCAUUAA